AAAUAUCUGCUUUUCUUCCUCUCUUAUAUGCUCAUUUCCGAAAACAGAAACCUCAGCAAAAACCUUAUCUUUACACACACUAACCAUGGCUGCUGCUUUGCUCCACUCCCUUUCCCUCUCCUUCGCUCCGCAGACCCUAUCCUUCGUUGCCGCGUCUUCUAUGGCUCCUUCUUCUCUAAAACCCCUCGCAAUGCCGAGACACUUUCUCUCUCUCUCUACCAUCGGCAGCUACUCCCACCCGGCUUCGAAAUUCGUCCGCAACGUCGCGAUUUCGUCUGAACUGGGCGAAGAGGUGGAGGAGGAAGAGGAUGAAGGGACGUCCCCGCAGCCGAAUUUCUCGCCGGAGUUGAAACUCUUUGUGGGGAAUUUGCCUUUCAAUGUCGACAGCUCUCGGCUUGCUGGGCUGUUCGAACAAGCCGGAAAUGUUGAGAUGGUUGAGGUUAUCUAUGAUAAGACUACAGGAAGAAGCCGAGGUUUUGGUUUCGUGACUAUGUCUACAGUGGAGGAAGUAGAAGCUGCAGCUCAACAAUUCAAUGGUUAUGAAUUUCACGGUAGAGCUUUGAGGGUGAGUUCCGGCCCACCGCCUCCCAAGGAUGAAAACUUCUCGUCACGAGGACCCAGGGGAGGGUCAAGUAUCGAUAACACCAACAGGCUUUAUGUGGGUAACCUUGCAUGGGGUGUUGACAAUCUUACACUUGAAACGUUGUUUAGUGAGCAGGGGAAGGUUAAGGAAGCAACAGUUGUCUAUGACAGAGACAGUGGUAGGUCAAGGGGUUUUGGUUUUGUGACGUAUGGUUCGGCUCAAGAGGUUGACAAUGCUAUUAGAUCACUGGAUGGCAUGGUGAGUACCCUAUUUUGUAUGUACGUACGGGUGAAUACUUCCGUAUACGUAUGUAAAUAUGUGCUUUUAUAUGUACUAUUUUUCUUCGGAUUUUUUUUGUUUGUCUAUGUUGAUUUUCACUGCUAUACUUGGUGUGUGAAUUGCAAUAUUUAUCUCGUUAUUUUCCUCUUCUGCAAAGUAAGGGGGUGAAUAUUAGCAAUAAAAUCUAGCUUAUCUGAUUUGGAACUAGCGGAAUAUGCCUUUCCAAUUUAUUUUCCUUGUGAAAUAAAUCUUCCUUGUUUUUCUACACCAUAAGUAUACUUUACCCUCAAUUCUCUUAUAGAAUCUUGAAUUCUCAUUGAAAUUUGUUGGAGCAGGAUCUCAAUGGUAGAUCUAUUCGAGUUAGCAGAGCUGAAGCCCGUCCAAAGCGUGAAUACUAAUGGCUUAAUCUUGCAGCUGGGAUAGCAUAUGUGGAGGUAUUCUAUUCAACUUAAUCGUCUCACAAAUUUUGGCAUGAUAAAAGAGCUAUAUUCUGAGGGAUUACUAUAUUAAGCACACUAAAAUUGUAGUUGGACAUUUUUUUUGAAGCGGUAAUCAUAUCUUCAAGCAAUGGAACAAUCUCCCAUUUUCAAGUUUUUGAACAUUCUGAUUUUGUUUAUAUCAAUCAAAGGAGACUUCUUCUUUUUUCCUAAUCUCCUAUCCGAAUUCUGCAUCAGAAUGUAAAGGCUCAUGUGUUGCAGUCCCAAGGUCUCGUCCUCUAGCGCUCUCGACAAGAAAUAGAAGAUCUUGUUACUUGCAUCAUCAUCUGCAGUGGUGGCGUUUAGGCUUAUACGGCUCCUGCAUUCAGACCAAGAGGAUCUGGAGUUGCAUCGAUGUUGUUUUGAGUGUGUUUCUGCAAUGUGAUUCUGUAGUUGGCUUUGCAUUGUGGAGAAAUUUUGUGGCUGUGUGAUGAAUAAGCAGGUUAGCUUACUUGUAGAUUCCGACACGAAGCAACUUUCCCCUUGUAAGAAGUUUGUAUACGAUGAAACUCAAUUCUUUUUAUGGCAACCCUCUGAUUCCUUAAUUUGAAACAAUAGUAUUAUAUAUAUGCUUUCUUUCUAAA